CCCUUUGGUUUGCAGUUUAUUACACAUUGUCCCAAGAGACUGCUCUGCAGUUAUUACUUCUUGGCCAUCUGGGUCUCUUAUGUUUAACCAGUUAAGCUUAUACUGACAGCCAAACACACCGCAAAUAUUUCUCUUCCUGCAAAUCCAGAAGCCUCAAGUUCCUCUCUUUUUUCCUUUAUUUGGUCACAGAAAGCCAAUAGUUCCUCUCAGCUCUUCAUCAAUGGAAGAUCCCAACCCAGCCCAGCCCACAGUCACGCAAAUCGCGAACCCCCCAAACUCCGAAGAAGCUCUCCCUCCACAGCCUCCCCCGUCUUCUCUUCCUCCCAAGACCAAGAAGAGACCCCUUGACAAUGAUGCCCAUAUCUCCAACUCCAGCUACUUCAAGGUUCGCGCCGUCCUCAAGGAGAUUCGUCCUCAUUUUCUUGAGGUUCUCCGGACCCCUGACUUUCGAUUAUGCAAGGCGGCCAAUGACAUCCAAGAACAAGUGAAGCUUCUGAUGGAACUAUACAAACAGAUGACAGCAGAAGCAGUUUCCACAGCAAGAUGUAAGAAUGUGCCGGAAGGCCAGCCUUUAUCAGGUGAAAAGUCCCAAGAUACUAGAGCUUCUGGAAAACCAUCAGAAAAUAAAUUUCCGUCAGGUGUAUCCAGCGAGAAGGCUGAAGAUGGUCAAAUUCAAGGGACAUAUGUUGUUGGAGGUUCAGCUUUUGGCUGGAAUUUCAUCACCUUUUUAGGCAGCGAACCAGUCUACUGUGGGAUAACAAAGGAGUCAUUUCGAGCUAAUGGGAGCAAAGCAACAGUUUCAUAAUCCUACUGUUCUAUGGUCUGGUUGAAGUACAUUAGGAAGGGAUAUAAAAUGGUCUCUCUGAUUCUUUCUGUCUCAAUGUUGUUUGAAUGGUAGGGCUAGCAGAGAUUCUUGAAGCCUGCCCCAUGAUAUUAGUAUAAAAGGGAUUCAUUGAUGAUUUGGUAAA